CACUUUUCUGGGGACAAAGAUGUCGAAGUAUUGGAUUUGGGUUUUCCCAGUUAUUCGAAUGGAUGCCGUGAUGUCGUGAAAAAGACCCAACCUUCGCUGAAUCUGGGUCCACUAUGGAUGAAAUAGAGGCCAAUGUGGUCCAGGCGAACUUUGCUUAUCUCGUAAAUCAAGGGAAGGCUGUAGAGUUGCUAGACGAGCUCUACAGUGUAGGGGCAAUAACUCUGGAUGACUUCCAGCGAGUUUGUGCACAGAUAACAGACUCUGACAAAAUGCGAAUGCUGCUUAUAAUCCUACUGAAGAAAGUGCCAAGCAUUGAAGUUAAAACGUUUAAAGCUUUGAUUAGUGCGCUGAACGGUGCUAACCGUGCCGAUCUUGCGGAUUUAUUAAUACAAUGUCAUCGCCAGCAAUGUGCAAGGAAUCAAGCGACCGGUUUGAGAGCAGGGCGAAAUGUUUCAUUUUCUGAGACAGAACCAAAGUUGCUUCUCCAAACAGCUGACCACAGCCAGUCACAGACCAGUCCAAAGUUCAGAUUUAUGUCGGGCAUCUCUGGUGGACCCGUCACUAAUGUUGGUGAUGUUGUAGAUGGAGGAAUAGAUAUGACAGAUGGCGCUCCUAACACCAGAGAAUUCAGUCUUUUUCAAGGGGAGGUAACUGCUGAAAGGGUCCCUCCAAAAGGGCUGUCUCCGCCUGUCCCUGAUGUGAGAGAGUUUGUUGGACCAGUGGUAGUCAGCAGCAAAGAACUGAGACAGGCUGUGGAUGCAGCUAAGGGAACUUCAGGGCAGAUGCUCCUGGCAGGGCGAGUGUUUCUGUAUGGGAUGAAGGGCGUGUUUGAUGGGGGUAAAGUUGAGUGGCAUGUCCGUGUGACGGAUCUGUCAUCACAGAGGUGCAUUGAACGUAGAAGUACUAAAGACAGACGUGAACUGCUGAAGGAAUGCUUGCUACAGUUCACACAGUAACCCCAUUCCAGUCAGCUGGGUUCAGUCUCCACUCUGGGUGUGUGUAACAUUCUUCAAAGCUGACAUUGGUGAUAAUUACUCAUUUGGUGCCCAUCUACGGCAGCUGCUGAGUCUGCCGGCCAGCCAUUCUGACUUAGAUGUGCCAGAACCCCAUUGCUUGUGGUGUCACAAGAUACUGCUGGGUCAAAACCUCAUGCCCUGCGGUCUAAGAAAUUACGUGUGACAAAAGAUGCGGCUCACACAUCUUACCAGACAAGGAGGCACUGCGAGCUAUCCAGGGAAUCUUGUGGGGAGGUAACUAGCUGAGAGAAAAAUCACAGAGGGAGAAGACAUGGACAUCUGGAUCUGAGUGAGGACACACAGGGUGUUACAGAUGCCUUGAUAGAACUGAGGUCAUUACCUACAUGCAGCUGUGGCUCUCCCCAAGUAUGAACACUCCCAGGGUUACUGCUGUCUGACAACAAACGACCCGUCCCCCUGGAUGGAGUCUCCCCCAGGGACAAAACCUUGGUCACACCUGCCGGACCCCUCUCUGAGAAAGCCACAACACUGGUGGCAGGGUCAGGUAUUCUGGAAGGGUUAUCGUAACAACCUGGACGAAGCCGAUAUCUACGAGGUUCUCCCCCAGGAUUCUACAGUACAGCUCUCUAAUAACCUGGCAAGGGAAUGGGAGAAGGAGCUGUAUUGUUGGAAGACUGGAGGAAGGCCCAGUCUGUUGGCAGCAGUCUUUCGGUGCUACUGGCAACAAAUCAUCACCUUUGCUCUACUUAUCUUACUGGAGGAGUGUGCCCGUGUGGGUCAAGCCGUCCUGAUGGGAGAGCUCAUCGGGGUGUUUGAAGUCAGCCCUUCAGGGAAUUCUCUUAUGGAUGCUUACAUUUAUGCAGCAGGAUUGGGUCUCUGUUACCUUGCCAACAUAUUCUUGGACCAUCAGUAUUUUCAUUAUGGCUACAAGAUGAAAGUAGCACUGACAUCACUUAUAUAUAGAAAGUUAAUACGGCUACCAUAUUUUAGCUUAACUCCAAGUCUUACAGAAAAUUUACUCAACACAGUAGGCAGAGAAGUUGAUAUAUAUCCAGCGGUGGUGCUUCCUGCCAUGUAUGUUGUGAUUGGUCCAAUCCAAUUGGUUGUUGUUUGUUACCUCCUCUGGGAUUGGUUAAAAAUCGGUCCAGUAAGCCUGUCAGGGAUUGGUGUAAUGCUUCUCCUCGUUCCACUACAAUUAUGCAUGGGCAGAUUUUCUAAAUCAUUAAGACAUAAGUCUGAGUGUCAGACCGGGGAGAGGUUACAGUUAUUUCACAUGGUGCUUCGAAGUAUCCGGGAGGUGAAGAUGGCCUGUAUGGAGUCCUUCUCAGAAAGGCUGCUACUGUCCAAGAGAAGACGAGAGUUUAAGACACUGAAGAAGUUGUCGUGCCUGCUUGGUCUGAACACGGCUGUGACACUGACAGCAGGGAAGGUGGUCACAUUUCUGACAUUCUGCCUAUAUCUUAUUCUGCAUGGUAUUCCUUCAGCCAAGCAGGUCUUCACCACCAUGGCACUGUACGAGACGCUACGUGUGAGUGUCAGCAUAUUGCUGCCCUCUGGUGUCAUGUAUGGGAAACAAGCACACCGAACUCUUAGAAAAAUCCAGAAAAUGUUACUGCUGGAGGAGAGAGGUUUUCAUACCCUUGGCAUUGGCUUAUCCUCCUGCUCAGAACAACUGGCAGUAAGGAUCGAGGAUUACACAGGACUCAUUGACAAGGGUACAGAAAGUUGUGUGGUUGUCUCUGAUGUCCAGCUUAGCUUAGAAAAGGGAAAAAUGCAUACUAUUAUUGGACCACCUGAAUCAGGAAAGACAAGCCUACUGUUAGCAAUGAUAGGAGAGGUGCAGCACCACAAGGGGAGCAUACAGAGGAAUGGAAAAGUGGUUUACAUAAGCCCCACCAGCUGGAUGUUCCCGGGCUCCGUCAGAGAAAACAUUACAUUUGGGGCAGAGUUUGUGAGGUAUCGCUACACCCAAAUCCUACAGGCCUGUGCUCUUUACCAGGCAGUUGAGAUGUUACCUCAAGGGGAGCUAACUACUAUAGGAGAACAGGGUGUUCCUCUUGAUGCUAGUUUCCAGGCCAGGAUUGCAUUAGCCAGGGCCAUAUAUCAGAAUUGUGACAUCUUUCUGGUGGAUGGCAUACUGAAGGCCAUGGAUCCCAGGACAGCCAUGCAUGUCUUUGACAAAUGCCUGUGUGGGUUGCUGAGGGGGAAGACAGUUGUUCUGGUUACUGACAGCUUUGACCAUGUCAGGACAGCGUCUAGGGUUGUUCUCAUGUCAAGGGGAAGUGUUCUUCACAAGGGAAGUUACCAGGAGCUGACAGAUGCUGGCUUAGAUUUACAGACGUACUUACAGAGUCACACUCAGCUACAUGCCAGGGGAGCUCUCCUGUGUAAGGAGGUACGAGGACCUAGUAUACAAGAGCUCCCUCUAGUGGACACUUUCCCUCUAUCAACAGAGGAUCUUCGGGAAAGAUUGCUGACAUCUGGAGAUAUCUUCAAGCACAAUUUUAAGGAGAGCUGUGACAUCAAUCUAGGUGAGAGCGAGGCUGCCAAUGGUGGAUUACCUACGAGAGACAUCUACUGGCAGUAUUUCAUCCUUGGGGGUAGCUGUCUAGGUGUUCUGCUCUUUGUUCUGCUCUCAGCACUUUUACAGGGUACCUUUAUCGUCAGCGAAUGGUGGUUGGCUUACUGGCCUGAUGUGAACAGAUCCAUAUCUAAGGACAUUUUCCUGAACCAUACCCUCGUACCCUCCCAUGCCGAGUGGAUGAUGCUAAGGAACAUCUACAUAUACAUGGCACUCACAGUCGGCACAGUCAUACUGGGCAUUCUCCAGGCUACCAGCUUCUUCCAGAUCGCAUCCCAGGCAGCCAGUAAGCUCCACGAUGAGGGUCUCGAAGGUGUCCUCCAGUCACCACUCUCCUUCUUCCACUCCAACACUUUGGGUACACUGUUGAGUUGCUUCUCACGGGAUGUCAGCAUUGUUGACCAGAUGGCCGCCACGUACCUGGACAGUAUCCAAUCUCUCAGCUUGCUGAUGGCCACCCUGCUGCUGGUGGGAAUCCUCAACUACUGGCUCUUCCUGCUUGUUCUGCCAGUCGUCAUCAUCUUUGCGCUAGCCAGAGCACACUUCCUACAGACCACCCAGGACCUCCGCAAACUAGAACUCACAGCAAAGAACUGUGUCAGUUCUCACAUUGCCAGCACCAUUGGAGGUUUACGAACUAUCCGUAGCUACAGUGUGGAAGAGCGCUUCCUUCACAGUUUUGAUGUACUACAGGACCGUAGCACGGCCGCCUGCUACCUUCACAUUGGGGCCAAGAACUGGUUUGGAAAGCGCAUUGACAUUCUUGGAUUGUUGGUGGUUAUAGGGGUGUCAUUGGCGGCCAUAUUGGUAGUACAGUUCCAGGGUAGCACCAUAUCUGCCCCUUUGUUUGGUUUGUCCUUGAUCUAUGCCUUACAUUUGAUCAACGUCUUACAGCCUGCUCUAGUCAAGUCAGCCAGUGUGCAGUUCAAGAUGGCCUCAGUAGACCGACUGCUCCAGUGUUAUCAGUUGCCCUCAGAGUCAGAUUACCUGCCAGGACUGGAGUACCAGCCUGCCCAGAACUGGCCCAUGUAUGGCAUCCUUACCCUAGAGGGGGUUUCCCUGCUCCCAACCCAGAAGGGACCCACCUGUCUGAAGAGCAUCUGGUGCUGUGUCAGGGCAGAAGAGAAAAUGGGCAUUAUGUUCAUGAAUGCGGCAGAGCAACAAAGCUUCCUGUCUGUCCUCUGUAGGCUGUCAGAUUACUCCGGAAUGGUCAGACUGGAUGGAGUGGACAGUGCUACGGUUAGUCUACAGCGACUCAGGCAGUGUAUGGCAGUCAUACCUAAAAACCCUCCCCUCAUGCUGGGCACUAUACGACAAAACAUUGAUCCAGAGACCAAAUACACAGAUGCACAAAUAUGGCGAGUCUUUGAACAAGUUCAGCUCUCAUCAUUAAUAGAGAAACUUCCGCACAAGUUUUACACAGAGGCGAGGUUUGUUAGCCCUGUGUUUUCUGUAGGUCAGAUUCAGUUACUAUGGCUGGCUAGAGCCUUGCUCAAACAGCCUAAAUUGGUGAUCAUAGAGGAAGCCUCGUCCAACCCUAACCUCAGGUGUAAUACAGUUUUACAUUGUGUGUCCCGGGCAAAGCUGUUACGAAGUACAAUCAUUUACAUCACACAUCUGCCUGAUACAGCUAUAGACCUGGACAGGGUCAUGGUGGUGUCUGGAGGCAGAGUACAGGAGUGCGACCCUCCCCAUGUGCUUUUCCAGGACAAAACCUCUUUCUUUUACAAAAUGUGUGAGGAACUGGGUGAGGCAGAACUCAAUAGACUACAAUGUGUUGCUCAGGAAAAGUAUGAGAACAAGCCAUAUGUGUCUCCUCCAAUUAACCCCUCAGACUUGGAGGACCCUACACAGGUAUCCCCUUCUUCUGCUAGCCCCAUCAACCUGAACGUCCUGCCCAGCUUCCACUCCUCAAGACUUGUAGGGGUUCUCAAUCAGCUGCCCACAAACAAAUUCUCCACAGAGAGGUUAUAGCACUGGCAGCUAAGCUCAUCACAUAUUGACCUUUGUGUAACAUGUGCAGUUAUUUGAGUGCUGAGUGUUUGUUGUAUCCAGGACCAUGUGUUCUGUAUGUGUGGUCAGCUGACCUACCUAAAGUGAUGCCACUCAUCAGUACAUCGUGUGUUCUGUAUGUGUGGUCAGCUGACCUUCCAUAAAGUGAUGCCACUCGUCAGUACAUGCUGUGUUCUGUAUGUGUGGUCAGC